GCUCCACAGUCGAAAACUCGAAACCCAGGGGGAGAUUUUUGAAGCCUCUGGAUCCAAAAAUUUGAUGAGAAUUUAUUAGAGUCCUCAAAAUUCAAAACUCAUCUUCCCCUUCCCUCUUCUUUCCCGGCUUUUUUUUUCUUCUUUUUCUUCCCUCUUCGAUCAUCAUUCAUCUCAUUAAUCUCUCUCUCUCCCGGGUCUCUUUUUCCGAGCAAUCUUUGCACCUCUUUGUACCGGUAAUGGAGAACAGCUUCGAUGGGUUGCCGCCCUCCAAGAGAUUCAAGCUUCUCCAUCUGCAGGAGAACCCCCAGUCCUCGGAUUCCCCCAUCCGCGAAUGCCUCCCAGCCAAAAAGAGGCUCGAUCCCAUCCUUCGCUGCCACCACCAUCCCAUUCCCACCGCCUCCCUCUGCCUCCCAGCCAAGAAGAGGGUCUGGGCUCCCCACCUCCUCUCCCCCCUCAAACACGAACACGAGAACCCUAAUCCCAUCCGCCCUCAAUACCGCCUUCAAUCACGAGAUGAUGAAGAACCCAGCAAACAACAAGACGAAGACCAAGAGGAGGAGGAAGUGGAUGAUGGGGUUACCUGCGCGGUUUGCCGUAGCACCGACGGUGAUCCCGUGGACCCCAUCGUGUUCUGCGACGGCUGCGAUCUCAUGGUCCACGCCACGUGCUACGGCAAUCCCCUGAUCAAUUCCAUCCCGGAAGGAGACUGGUUCUGUUCGAGAUGCUGCGAGAGAAAGGGCAAGGAGGAGAAUGAGGGGGAAGAGAAGCCGCGGAGCUGCUGCUGCCUGUGCCCGGUGAAGGGAGGAGCGGUGAAGCCCACCACGGACGGCGGGUGGGCCCACAUCAUGUGCGCCCUCCUCGUGCCGGAGGUCUUCUUCCGCGAUCCCGACGGGAGGGACGGCAUCGACUGCUCCCGGGUUCCCAGCAGAAGACGAGACAUGGAUUGCUACAUCUGUGGGUCCAAUCGCGGGUGCGCGAUCGAGUGCUCGGAACCCAAGUGCGGGUUGGGGUUCCACGUUUCCUGCGGUCUGGAGAAGGGUCUUUCCAUCGAGUACAAGGAGGGUAGGCGAGGAGCCAUCGUCGCCGGGUUCUGCGUGGAUCACACCCAACUCUGGAAAAAGCAACAAAUAACUGGCAAGUUCAAGAUAGUACCAAGAGAACGCGAGCCAAAGGGGAAGACUAGAUCUUGAUGGCAGUUCAUUUGUGUGGCAGGGCUGGAGAGUUACAAUGUUGUUGCAGCUUAAGAGGUUGAUUUCUUUUGCACUAAUUUGGUUCGUGUGGCAGCUAGGAAUUGUAGCAGUUAAAUUUCUUUUCUUAUGUAGACUUGUGUGGUGCUGCUUCGCAUGCUUGUUCUAAGGAUUGUGGAUUUGAUAAGAUUGUUAUGUAAAUCAGCUGCAGUCUGGCAUGCUAUGUGUGCGCUCCGAAACCUUCAUUCCAUGGUGAUGGUCUAGUCUAGUGCAGUAUUUUAGGUGAAUGGCAAGUAAUUAUGUGCAUUGUUUUAUUUGAACAUUUGUCCAACUAGAUUUGGUUUUCAAUAAUUCUUGAUUCUGGCUUCUCUUCCCUUUCGGAUGAUGGAAAUAUUGCCACCUUUUAUGUCA